AUGGCGGAUGGCUGUGAAGUUUGUGGAAGGGGUGUUGGCUGGCCCCCAUGCAGACUUCCUCGCUCAGGCGUGGGGUCGACGGUCUCUCUGAAAGACGGCAUUGUCCCCUCUCUGGGCCCUCGCUCUCUCUCGCAGAGUAAACAGCAGCUGACUGGGCGAGAGAAAGAGAGAGAAAGAGAAGAGGAGAGGAGAGGAGAGGAGAGGAGGGAUGACCAAAGGGGCCACAGUGAGGAUACAUGAGGGUGAGGAGGAAGUGCAGGAGGAAGAGGAAUCCUGAAAGAGAGGUUUGUGUGUCCUCUUAAGCUGCCCCCCCUGUGUGACCCUUUUACACCCGAGACCCAAAUCCACGGCGCUGCAUUAGGACGCCGCCCUUUGAAGAGGUGUGCUCCAGGUUGGGAGUCGCGCAGGCCGAUGCAGGUCAGAGGAAGGCUAUGUGGUUCAACACCUCAAGGCUCAAAGGGAUCAGCGCUGACCUUUCACCCCGCUUCAAACGAUUGAUCUUCAGCCUGAUCUGA